AUGUAAAAAGUGUCUUAAAUUAAUAAACAGGAGAAAAUCCAAGCAGGCUGGCUAUUAAAUUCAUAGCACGAAUACCAGAGUCUACUCAACGCCUCAUUUAGGAAACAGUUAUAAGAGGAUUCGUAAAUCUUAUAAGAAUCACUUAUAGAGAAUCUGACAACCGAACUCUGUUUGAAUGCAGAGGAAUGCAAAUAAGAAUUGAAAAUGUACAAAACGAGCAGAGUUAUGGGAAGUAGUUUAGAACGACAAGUCAAAUUUGACAAGCAUGUUCUCUUUCAAAUGAAGGAUCAUAAGCCUGUCAAACAAUUUCCAAUUUAUAAAUCAAUAGAAGUGGAAAACAAAGCUAAUCACUCAAAUAAUUGGCAGGAGAAGAAAGGAGACACGGCUAGACUGUCAAUUGAAUUUGAGAAGGAUCAUACAAGAGUCUUAAUCUAUAUGAAGGAUGAGAAUCAAGCACUUAAAUGGUAGAGACAUUUGAUAAUCUAAAAGCUUCUACAGCUAAAAUCAAAGUAGUUGGCCAAGUGCUUUGGAUAUUGCUAUCAAGAAUACGAAGAUAAAUUCACCUUCAUAUGGGCAUUGAAGUUCGCUUAAUAAUUGGAGCAAUUUGCAAUAGAAACCAACAGACAAAAAAAAAGGAAGGCUCAAGUAGAUGCUAACUACCUUAUCCAAUAAGAAAGGAAACUGAUUGGUUUUCAUAUUAAAACAUGGUUGAAGAAGAGCCAGAAACUGUUAAAGGAUGAAUAGGAUUAUUUGGAUUAACAAAAAUAAUUGAGUUUGUAAUAGUAACAGCAGCAAUCCCAAUAAGAUUAAGAACAAAUAGAAUAGGAAAGAUUAAGAAAGGAGAAGAUGAGAAUUCAAAUGUUGGGGAAUUUGAUCUAAAAUCAUGUUCAACCUAAGAAUUCAGUGAUACAAAAGUUCUUUUUAGGUUGGCAACAAAGAUCUAAUUUCAUCUAUCAUACAAAUCCGAAGAAAUUCUCAAUUAGAAUUAUUCGAAUGUACAUUCAAAACAACAUUUAAUUAAUAAGACCGUUAUUGGAAUUGAGAUUCGUAUCUGAAGUAUAUUUCUAAAUUCAUUUUAGAGAACAGAAGAAACUAAGGAUAUAGAAUGUAUUAAAAUAUUAGAUGGACUGCAAUAUAAUAUUUAAUAGAGUCCGUACUUCACUUGUCGAUUGCUUGCACAAAUGAAUCAAUAAAGAAGAAGGGACUACACUGCUUGGGGUUUUAAAGAUGGUUUACUUGGAUUGUAAGGGAGGACCUUCAUGACAGUUGAGAAUUUGGGCUUUUAAGAUUAUAUCGAUUUUUAAAUUAUUGAUACAAUCAGUAAUUAAAUAACAUAUUUAAGGAACCAAUACUUCAUCAAAGGUUUUGAGGAUUCAAUUCUAAGAUCUGAUUAAAUAUUUAUAUGAAGGUCGUUCAUUUUGGAUAGCUCUCGAAUAUGAGUAAUCUAAGAUAUUUGUGGAAAUGGACUUGCUUGAACAUUCCAACAUCGACCCUAUAUUUCUGGAUAGAUUAAAAUAUAUUUAAUUGAAUGCUGUUUUAAGGAAGGUUGGCAUAAAGAUGAUCGAAUAAAGAACUCCUGUACAAUUCAUUUAAAUACCUUUAGCUGCCAAUUAUAGAAACAGUAAAAUUUGGAUUAGAAAUCGAUAGAUACUCUGAUGACAUCUAAAAUUUAUAUUAGAGAUUGUAUAUAGAGAAUAUAUGUCUAUAACCUUAGUGUUAACCAGCAAGUUGGUUUACUUAAUUGAAUUGCUUUGAAAAGGUGGUUAGGCCUGUUACUGAAAUACUCAAACGAAAUUACUUAGAAUUUACUGAUGCCUCAGAUAAUGUAUAGAUCUACUUUCAAAUAAAAUCUAUUCCUAAUUUAAGAUUGCCUUUACUCAAGGAUGUCGAUGACUUUAUUACUAAAUUGCCUGUAGUCUAAGAAAAUCAACACAAACAAUGUUAAGGAGUCUUGACUUCCUUCUUAAUCUAUUGCAAUGUAAGAACCAUUUAAUUGAAUGUCUCCUUUUUGACUAUACUUUUUCAAAUUGCAAACAAGUUCAUAUGCAUCGCUCAUCCUCACUUCUUGUAUGAUUUAAGUAAACCUGUUUUUGGUAACAAAUACGAUUCAGAAGCGUAGGCCUUCUGGCUUUUUACUGGAUUCGUUGAAUUGAUGAGAAGCGUUCAUUUUCCCUUAGUCAAGGAAGACACUCUCUUUUGCCCACAAGAAAUUGUUAUGUAAUACAUGGAAGUUUUGCAUAAAGAAAUUGUAUAACAUUGUAAAAACUAUGACAUUGCAGUUGAAAAUGUUUUUUUCGAAAUCCUUUCAUCUUUUUACACCAGUUUAGUGCAAUCAAUGCCCUUGUGUAAUAUAUGGAAUUUAAUAAUUAAAAAAAUAUCUGCCAAUAAAUGUGCAUACUAAUUAGUCUUAAUUGUUUUCAUAGAAGAAUUAAGCUAUAAAUUAUUAUUCUGUUAAAAUUCUGAAGAUUUUAAGAAUGCCAUCUCACUAUAAGGUAACAUAUUCAAUUUAGGUAUUAGCUUAACUAAUGGAUAUACAAUAAUUAGAGGCUGCAUAUUCAGGGUGUGAGUCGAAUUUGAAUAGGAUCAUAAAUGCUGAACAAUCAUUUCAUGAAUCUGUCGAACAUUCUAAUAUUCAUUAACCUUUAGUUUAGGAUUGCUGA